GUGUUAUUCAAAACAAUGGCUUAUGUGCAUUUGUCUUUAGAAUGGGCGAUCAAUGCAUAUUCAUGGAACGUUGUAUGUUCCUUCAUCCAAGUGACCUUUUAGAACCGGUUAAAAAGCAUCGUAGUAAUCAAAGUAAUGAAAACAACAACGACAAUAAUAAUACCCAUGUUCCUCAACAGCUGAAAAGAUCAAACACUACUUUCAAUUAAAAUUACUUUUUAUCAUUAAUAAAAUCAUUCUUUUUUUUU